AUAUGGUUCAUCAUCACAUGGAUGGAGGAGUAGAGCAACAUAUUGUACCUGGAUAAACAAGUGAGACAAGAGAUGAUGCCAUUGUUUAGCCAAGAUACUAGUGACAAAAGAAUGGAUGGAUCGGGAGGGGCAAGAUAAUGAAUAACAAUUCACAAAGCCAAGAUGCGAUAACUGAGAAGAGAAAAAUAUCAUGUGAAUCUGGCGGCCUCACCCGCAGCCGCAAAUUUGAAGAUCGGCGGAUAAAAAGCGUGGUGCGCGUUAUAUCCAUCAGAUGGGAGGAGAUGGCCCAGGCAUUUGCUCUUUUCUCCGUUCCAACUCCUCGCGAGACUCGUCUCUAUAAACGUGACUGCAUAACCAGAAACUCGUGGGAAAUUGUCUCCUACUCUCCUUGGAAGUUUAAUGCGCCUUUGUGUUAUCCUUCUUCAGCUACUGUUGUGGAAGAUGGCCCUUCUUCACCAGACGCACUUCCCGUCCAAUCUGAUUCUGCCGCUGAUGACGCUCUAGAGAUUCCUCCGAGUGGUUGUAGAACAUGUGGAAGGGAAGAAAUCGAGAAAGGGUGUAAUGGUGAAGGGAGGAUCCAAGGUGGGAUUGCAACAGUACCUGGAUUUGGAUGGUGGCCUAUUAAGGCUUACAGGCCUUGUCCUGGAUUCGUGGCUUCCGGUGGGAGGUACAGGCGGCGAGGACAGAGUAUGGAUGAAGUUGCCUUUGGACGUGGCGAAAAAGCUUCUUCGAGAUCUGGCAGUGACAAGAAGUCAAGCGAGAAAAAGGAGGGGUCAAGAAAAUUCAAGAAGUAAACAUGUUUGGUGGGGACAUACAUGCUCAUUCCUUUGUCAAGACGGCCUAGAGAGAAAAGUUGAAACCAAUGAUCGAGAGAUAAUGGGGCAUAAAGAAUUCAUCAUUCUUACCAUAUUUUCGUUUGAUCUUGUUAUACGGACGGAUUUUGGGUUGAAGAUGUAGUUUGCUAAAAAAAUUUAAUACAAUAUGCUUCCGGGAUGCUGGAACCUGGAAACAUGUUAUGAUUUUUUUCGCC